AUGUCGCUUAGCGUUAUUGCUGUGCAUGGAAUGAACGUGAAAGGGAAUGAUGGUCACUCGAAAAACACCUGGACACAUGAGAACGGAAUCAAUUGGCUUCGAAGUCUCUUGCCCAGCCGGCUGCCACUUGCGAGGAUCUUGGCGUUCCAGUACAACGCCAAUGUGUUCUCUGGCAGUUCGAUAGCGGGAAUCAGAGCACAGGCGGUCAAUCUUUUGAACUGCCUCAAGAAUGUCCGCAAGAUGGACGAAACAAGGCCGAUGAUAUUCAUUGCACAUAGCUUGGGAGGCAUCAUUGUCAAGGAAGCCCUAUCAAUAUCAUACAGGGAGCACAACACCUAUCCGAUGAUUUGGAUGUUUACAUAUGGCAUCUUCUUCCUCGCCGUACCUCACCAGGGCUCUCCUCAUGCCGCCUCGGGACAGUCACUAAGGAGCAUUCUGUACCAGAAUAAACCCGACAACUCUUUCCUGGAGAGCGUGUCGCAGCGAUCUAACUACAGCAGGGAGCUACAAGCGAGAUUCUACCCUCUGCUAGAAGCGUUCAGGUUCUAUAGCUGGAUCGAGGGAUUAGGACUUGAUUACGCAGGCAUUAUCGUGCCAGAAGACUCGGCGAAGCUUGGUCUACCAUCUACACAAGAAUUUUGUCGGGUGGCUGAUCGCGACCACAAAACAAUUUGUAAGUUCUCCGGUGACGACGACCGGGAGUGGAUUGAGCUCUCGAGGUGUCUCUUCGACGCAGCGCAAGCCGCAGUUGAGUUCAGAGGUUACAGCCCAAUAAUGGCCUUCCGCAAAGUAAUGCUGUCACGUUCCAGACUGGAGAACAUUGAACAACCGGAGGUCCUCUUAUCCGAAGCAAUCGAAGAUGGCCAGAAUGUCAUCAACAAGAUAGACUACUGUCUUUCAGGCGAUGAGUACCGCAGAAAAGCCGAAGACGCCGCAGUUGCGAGAAACGACAAUGCAUCAUUCGGAUUGCAAUUCUUGACUAUGAUCUCACCUUUGUUCGUCUUUCUCAACCCUGCUGCCGGAUUCCUAGCAAGCGCUGUCAUAAGUACCGUAUACCACCGCGGUCGCGUAGCCAGCGGAAUAGUCGCCAACAUUAUCGACAUGGCAUAG